AUGCACUUCUCUGAAAAUCAGCAUAAUAACAUUGAUAGAAUUUGCAUCAGUCAUCAAGAGACAUGGAGGAAACCUCUUGAAAAUUGGAUAAAAAUUAACAUUGAUGCUUCUUUUAUAUCUAGUAAUACUAAUGAUGGGUUUACUUUAAUUGCUCGUGAUUCUGCAGGAAAGUUCUUGGCAGCAAUGGCCUACUCAUCAAGAUCCAGAGAUGUGAAUCAAGUUGAAACCUUGGUGCUUCUCAGAGCUCUUCUUUGGAUUAAAGAAAUGCAGUUCCAAAAUGUAAUCAUUGAAGGGGAUAAUAGGUCAGUUAUUAGUAGUUGUAAUGGUAGUGUUGAAAGCUUUAUGUGGGAGGAUCAAAACAUUAUCCGAGAUUGCCAAGAGAUCCUGCACAAGCUAGAGUCAUGUCAAGUUACUUUCAAGAAAAGAUCUUGCAACAAUGCAGCAGAUAAACUAGCAAAACAUGCUAUAACUAGUGUCAAAUCUCAAAUUUGGCUGGAAGAGCCUCCAAAUGUAAUUGCUAGUAUAUUAGCAGCUGAAGGCAGGAUUUCGAGUUAG